UUCAUCUUCAAUGCGCUUUCUCUCUCUUUUUUCUCUCUUGCUAGUUCUGUGUAAAAGAAAACGUCCAAAAAAGAAACCCUAUUUAAUCCUCUUUACUGUUUGUACAGGUUUCUUGGCUCAAUCAUGAUUAGACUUUCUCAAUGCCUGUAGUUUCCAUGCAUGUAUAUGUAUAUAUAAAUGCAUACACUUGCAUUAUUAACCUAUAUUUAUUGCCAUGCCAGCUUGAAACUCGCCGAUCGUCCUUUCUUCCACUCGCAAUAAAUACCCGCUUUCGAGUUCCCUAGAUAAGAUCAAACUAGCAUUUAAAGUUUCUCUCUUUUUCUCUGUCAGCAGUUACAUGGUUCACUUCACAGCUCUAGUCACUCGCUCACUCUACGUCUCUAGUUCAUUCACUCUUUUAAACAGUUGUUCGCUUUUCUUCUUUGCUUUACUUUUGCCUUGAGAGUAAAUGUGAUAAUAUCCGGUGCCUGUUGGUUAGUGGUGAUUUUGCUGUUGUUGAGUGUUAUCAAACUGAAGAAAAAGAAAAGAAGAAGAAUGGGAAGGACACCGUGUUGUGACAAGAAGGGUUUGAAGAAAGGGCCAUGGACACCUGAAGAAGAUGAGAUUCUUGUAGAGUACAUCAAGAAGAAUGGCCAUGGAAGCUGGCGCUCUCUCCCUAAGCUAGCUGGUCUUCUUCGCUGUGGAAAGAGUUGCAGGCUUAGAUGGACGAACUAUCUUAGGCCAGAUAUAAAAAGGGGUCCUUUUACUCUCGAGGAAGAGAAACUUGUCAUUCAACUUCAUGGUAUUCUUGGAAACAGGUGGGCUGCAAUUGCCUCUCAACUACCAGGCAGAACAGAUAAUGAGAUAAAGAACUUGUGGAACACACACCUGAAAAAACGUCUGGUUUGUAUGGGACUUGACCCCCUAACUCAUGAGCCCUUUACCUCCAGUGGACCUGUCAUAAAAGCACCUGCUUCCCCUGCUACCCGCCAUAUGACACAAUGGGAGAGUGCUAGGCUUGAAGCUGAGGCACGCCUUUCGAGGGAGUCCUCUCUCUUCAAUCCUCCAACUCCAGGGAAAACUGAUAGCGAUUACUUUCUGAGAAUGUGGAAUUCUGAAGUUGGAGAACAAUUUCGAAAGUUCAAUAGGGAAGACAAAAGCCCUGCCGCUUCAGCUUCUCAGGCAUCCUCUUCAACCAAAUGUGGAUCAGUUUCAGUUGAUAUUAGCCCUAACUUAGCAGGUUCCUCUACCACAGCCAGCAAUCAAAUUGAAGAUAUGGAGUGCAAGAGCUGCAAAUCUUAUGCUGAAGAUAUGAAUGCUGGGUCUGAUUCAUCAAGCUCUAUUGAGUUAGAGGAUUCAUCAGACUCAACACUACAACUUCUGUUAGAUUUCCCAAUUAACAAUGACAUGAGCUUUCUGGAAGGAGACAUCGAUAGCUAUGCUACUACUUCCGCAAUGCAGUUGUGAGACCUUCCAAGUUUCAACUUUUGAGCCUCCCUUUUGCUGAGCUGCUCUUUUCACCACUAAAAGCUGUGAAACAAAGUGGUUAGUUAUUUUGUUUAGAUUUUUCGGCUGCGUGAAGUUAAGAGUGUAUGUUGAUGUUAACGUUUCCUAAUGUAAUUUACUGGAGCCCUGCCAAUUAUAUAUAGAAGGUAUAUAUUCUUUAAGA